AUUCUUUCCUACACUUAACCAUUCUUGAUUUUGGAUACCUUCUGAAACCAUAAAAGAAAAGAUCCACCGAAAUGAUUCCACGUGAAGCAAUCACCGAAAUGAUUUACAACCCCGAUUACGCUCCAUUCCCCUCAAUGCAAAACAACGCACCAUCGUCAGUAUCGCCCUUCAACUUCGCCAGACUCCUUGCCGACAUGCCAAACCCUCAGCAGAUCCUCCAACAAGUGACGCUAUCUUCCAAGACGGUGGCCACGUCAUGCCUUAGCAGCACCUCUGAUGAGGCUGACGACCGCCAGUUCCGGCUCAUCGACGAGAGGCGCCGGCGGCGGAUGAUAUCGAACCGGGAGUCGGCAAGGCGGUCACGCAUGCGGAAGCAGAGGCACCUGGAUGAGCUGUGGUCACAGGUGUUGAGGCUCCGUGGCGAGAACCAGAGCCUCGUGGAGCGGCUGAACGAGGCCACGGAGCGCCACGAGAGGGCCGUCCGGGAGAACGCGAGGCUCCAGGAGGAGGUUGCUGAUCUGCGGCAGCUGCUGAGGGACGUGAGAUUCGAUAGCCCUUACAACGACGCUAGUGGUGGCAUUAGAGAUCUGGAAGAGGUCGUGUGCAAUGACGGGAGCUAGUCCGUCGAUCAAAAGUGAGGGAUGAAUUAUCCUCGAAAUAAACUGAUGGGUGUAACGUGUUCCUUGAGUUGCUCGACUGAGAGUCAUGGAUUUUGAUUAACUUUUCAACGUCAAGAAUGAUCUUAUGGGAGUGAAAUUAUAUUGUCGGGAAAAAUCGCCAUAUGAAAAAUAAAAUUCUGGGCAUUACGUA